UGGUUGGAUCCUUGCUCUCCAGCAUCCCAAGUUUUCUAUCCUCAUAUGCUGAGGGGACAGAGAACAGGCUGCUUCAUCUUGACCAGGGCCCAGGGCCCCCGUUUCGCCUGGGCUUAAGCCCCAGAGCAGUGACCUGGGCAUCCCUGUCUGCAGAAGAUGAGGUGGACGUGCUGAAUGAGGCGCACGGCUCAGAAGAAAGUGUCUCCGUUCCUUCCUGCUAUGGUGGCAUAGGUGCCCCUGUGAGUAGGCAAGGUAGGGAGGGGUUGAGGUGGAAAAGGAGACCGGAAGAGCCCGGCCCCACAGCCAUUCGGUCACAAAGCCAGGACCUCCAUCACCCCAGGGGGGACACUUUCAACAGCAACCACUGGCAACUGACUGUUCCCCAGGUCUCUCUGCCUCUCCCCCGCCACCACCCCUCAGCCCACUCUCAGCCAGGGGCUGCCCCUGCCAAGCUCACAGUCAAGGGCUUGCCUGUCCGGUCUCACUUCUCUGCGGGGAAACAUUGCACACAGUUCCCCGCUCCCUCUUCCAGAGCACCCCGGGCUCUUGGCCUCCAUAGCUCGGCCUCCCUGCCGUCCUCCUGCCUCCUAGGCGCUUCCCUCGGCGCCCUGCCAGCUCCAGCUGUUCCGUGCAAUGUUCCUCUGCCACUCUGCCUCACACACGUGCUGUCAUCCGUGUGCUGACAGUUCCCCAGUGUCUAUGUAUCAGUUAAGAAGCUUUCGACUCAAGUCAACGAAAACCCUGAUCCAGCCAAGGAACAUCAGGGAGCUUUAUUAUCCCACAUACCAAGAAGUCCUAGGGAGACGGCUCAGACAUUGUCAGAAGUUCCGCUUUCUCCGCCUUUCCACCGAACCAUCCUUGGGCCUAUCAGCUCCACGUGUGUCUGUGUACCACGGCUCGGAGUUGAUGGCCACCAUGGCGAGGAGAGUGCGGGAUCUGGAGCGGCAGGUGAAGGCCCAGGCGGAUGAGAUGCUCUCCAAGGAUCGGAAGAUACGGGCCUUGGAGGAGCUGGUGGAGACCCUCCAGGAGCACCAGGGCACGGUGACCCUUCAGCGGCAGGAGGAGCUGGAGACCAUGUGCGCACAACUGCAGCGGCAGGUCGGGGAGAUGGAGCGGUUCCUCGGUGACUACGGCCUGCAGUGGGUGGGCGAGCCCAUGCAUGAGGAGGACUCGGAGGAUGGCGAGAGGGACUGGAUGACAGCCAAGAAGUUCUGGAAGCCAGGGGACUCACUGGUACCCCCCGAGGUGGACUUUGACAGGCUGCUGGCCAGCCUGAAGGAUCUCAGUGAGCUGGCGGUAGACAGUGACACCCAGCUGACACCAGUGCCCAGCAGAGUGCCACACUGUGUCCUUGAGCCCAUCCCACUGAAGCUCUACCGGAAUGGCAUCGUGAUGUUCGAUGGGCCCUUCCGGCCCUUCCAUGAUCCUUGCACACGGCGCUGCCUCCGAGACAUAUUGGAUGGCUUCUUCCCGUCAGAGCUCCAGCGGCUGUACCCUGACGGGGUCCCCUUUAAGGUGAGUGACCUGCGCAAUCAGGUCUACCCAGAGAAUGGGCUGGACCUGUUCCCAGGCGAGGGCCGAGUGGUAGGCUGGCAGAGGGUUCGAAAGCCCUUGGACAGGAUGGAGCACCCAGGCUCCAGGAUGACCGCCGAGAAGUUUCUGAACAGGCUGCCCAAAUUUGUGAUCCGACAAGGCGAGGUGAUUGACAUCCGAGGCCCCAUCCGGGACACCCUGAAGAACUGCUGCCUAUUGCGUGCCCAGAUCCAGGAGAUCGUGGUGGAGACGCCUGCCUUGGCUGCUGAGCGUGAGAGGAGCCAGGAGUCUCCGGAGUCACCCACGCCCGCGCUCUCCACGCUGCGCAUCAAGUCUGAAAAUGGCGAGCAGGCCUUCCUGCUGACGAUGCGGCCAGAGGACACAGUUGGUGAUGUGCGCACUCUGCUUGCACAGGCCAGGUGGGCACGGGUCUCAGCUGGCAGCCGCAGCGGGGCUCUGGCCCCACUUCCUAGCCUGAUUCGUUCUUCCCUGUCCCCAGGGCCGUGGAGGCCACCACCUUUGAGAUCUGCAGUACGUUCCCGCCCACAGUCUACCACAAUGAUGCUCUCACGCUGCAGGCCGCGGGCCUGGUGCCCAACGCCACGCUGCUGCUUCGGGUGCGCCGGGCUCUGCCGCCCGCCCCCGGCCCCGAAUAAAGCGCCCACCCCGACACCGGCUGCUCUGCGAGGCUCUCUUGGCAGGGCAGCCCAGCAGCACUAGCUCCGCCGAGGAGGGGCGGCGCCGA